ACACCUCCGAGAGAACACAGCAGAAAAGAGUGAGAGUGAGUGAGGACGUCCUAAAACCAAGGUUUUAGAACAAUAGCAUCCUAAAAAGAACACUGGCAUGCCCAAAGAGAGCGGGAAAAUUAAACUUUGCAACUGCUUUUGUUUCUAUAAAUAGUUAAGUGCAGCCAGUUUAGUGGAUUUUAUUUUGUUAAAUUGAAAGGAUGGGUCUGAGAGGGUGGAACUGGUGGGUGCUGGUAUGCACCUCACUUGCUGUCCUGCCCGCUUGCACGCAGGGAAAGACGGUGAAGUAUGAGACAUUUGAGGAGGAUGCCCCGGGUACUGUCAUCGGAAACUUGGCCAAGGACAUUUCAUCCAGCCCCUCCUCGGGAACCAAGACGAAUUUCAGGAUGAUGAAGCAGUUCAACUCUUCCUUUAUCCGUUUGAGGGAGAGCGACGGACAGCUGACAAUUGGAGAGAGAAUUGACCGAGAGAGAAUCUGCAAACACACCCUUCACUGCCUCAUUGCAUUUGAUGUGGUCAGCUUCUCCAAAGAACAGUUCAAACUCAUCCACGUCGAGGUGGAGGUCAAGGACAUCAACGACAAUUCCCCCGAGUUUCCCCGGAAAGAGUCGAGUCUGGAGAUCUCAGAAAACACGGCUUUGGGCACUCGGAUCCCGUUAGACUUCGCUGUGGAUGAGGACGUAGGUUUGAAUUACAUCCAGAGCUACCAGAUCUCCGUUAACAGUCACUUUACCAUUGACGUGCUCAGCAGAGCCGACGGGGUUAAAUAUGCGGAGCUGGUGCUGAUGAAGGAGCUGGACCGCGAGACUCAGGCUUCCUUUGCGCUCGAGCUGGUUGCUAUGGAUGGUGGCAACCCAGCCCGCACAGGAACGACGCACAUCAACGUCAAGGUGAAAGACUACAAUGACAACAGCCCGGUAUUCGACAGGAACGGUUUCUCAGUGGAACUCCCUGAAGACGCACCGGUCGGGUUUCUCUUACUGGACCUGAACGCAGAGGACCCAGACGAGGGGCUGAACGGGGAGGUAGUGUAUGGGUUCGGCAAGCAAGUGCCAAUAGAGAUUCGAGAACUUUUCAGAGUUGACCGCAAAACCGGACGACUGACCCUAGAGAGCCCUGUUGAUUUUGAGAGCAAGAAAACGUACGAAUUCGACGUCCAGGCUACGGAUCUGGGUCCGAACCCAAGCCCGACUAUCUGUAAGAUAGUGGUGCAAGUCAAGGACGUUAACGAUAACGCGCCAGAGAUCUCCAUUACUCCUAUGACCUCAAUAACGGCUGGAAUCGCAUAUAUCACUGAGGCUGCUGCUCGAGAGAGUUUUGUAGCUCUGGUCAGCACCUCGGACAAGGACUCUGGCGCAAACGGACAAGUGCACUGCACGCUAUAUGGCCACGACCACUUCAGGUUGCAGCAGGCAUAUGAGGACAGCUUCAUGAUCGUAAGCACGAGCCCGUUGGACCGGGAGAAGAUCCCUGAGUAUAAUUUAACUGUGGUGGCAGAGGACUUGGGUUCCCCACCGUUCAGAACCAUCACCCAGUACACCAUCAGGUUAACAGACGAGAAUGACAAUGCCCCUGUUUUCAGUAAACCGGUGUAUGAAGUGGCUGUGGUGGAGAAUAACGCACCGGGCGCAUACAUCACCACUGUAGUCGCUAGGGACAUGGACUUGGGCAGCAACGGGAAGGUUAGCUACAAACUCGCUGACACUUACGUCAUGGGCUCCCCUGUGUCGACGUUUGUCUCCCUGGACCCCGCGAGCGGCUCUCUUUAUGCACUUAGGAGCUUCAACUAUGAAGUCAUGAAACAGCUUGAACUACGAAUCACAGCCAGCGACAGUGGGUCCCCGCCCCUCAGCGGAACCGCGAGCAUUCACGUCAGGAUAGUGGACCAGAAUGACAACGCGCCUGUCAUCAACCAGCCCGCGCUCAAUAAUGGGUCCGCAGAGGUUCUUCUACCCCGGGAUGCUCCUUCAGGCUAUGUCAUCACCCGGUUGGAGGCGCGAGAUGCUGAUGAGGGAGUGAACGCAGAGUUGUCCUACCGACUGGCCUCUGGCGAGGCAUCCGUCUUCUCCGUUAACAAAGCCACAGGGGAGGUCUACCUCAAUCGCGUGAUUAGCCACAACGUGGAUGAGACCCUACGCGUGACGGUCACGGUGAGUGACAACGGAAGACCUGCACUUACCACCACCGCCACGCUUCACUUCCUCAUCAUUGCGGGCGCCCCGCCGAGCGACAGGACGGUGUACCGCACAGACAGCGGAGAGGUGGGGGAGCACGCACAAUGGGACCUGUCGGUGGUGAUUAUCGUCGUCCUGGCGGGUAGCUGCACGCUGCUGCUGUUAGCCAUCAUCCUCAUCGCCACCACCUGCAAUCGGCGGAAACGGGACAAGACUGGAGAUGACACCGACUCCUAUGGAGAGAAGGAGAUCUUGGAAAGAGGCAAAAACAACAGCGACAACCAGCUACUACCGCUCCACCGAACCGUAGAAGGGUUUGAAGCCCACACGUUCUCCACUCAGCCGGGUUUUACCAGCGGACACACGGGUAACAGCGACUUAUGCUCCGCUUCGGAGGAUGGGAGCGAGGCACCAUGCGUCUAUGAACCAGAUAACAAACCCAAGGGCUACUCUACUCUGCCAGGCUACGGUAACGGCUACAAUAACGGUAAAGAGGCAGUCAGACCAAUCACCAUCUGGAAGGGCAACUCAUACACAACCAUCUCAGCGAGAGACCCCGCGUUCAGCGGGAAGGAUAGCGGAAAAGGUGAUAGUGACUUUAAUGACAGUGACAGUGACAUCAGUGGUACCGACCUGAAGAAGGAGGGCGUUCCAGUACCCCCAAUGGGCGGCCAGAGUGGUCUAUGGGCGUGCACCAGUGAGUGUAAGAUUCUGGGACACUCUGACCGCUGCUGGAGCCCCUCGGCUGUCCGCGCUAACACUGGCCCCUCGCCGGUCCCCACACCCACCAGCCAUACCCUCUCCUCUUUCAACAGUCUCUCCAAGACUGCGUCGUUACCCCGAGACACGCUCCGAAGGGACAACUAUUAUCAAGCUCAUAUUCCCAAAACAACGGGCCUGCAGAGUGUGUAUGAGAAGGUUCUGCAUACAGAAUAUGACUAUGUCAUGGUCACUCCUCCCAGACCCAUUAGAGUUCAGGAAAUCACUGAAAUCCCUAUCCCAGUUUACAAUCCCAUCACCACACGUUGUCCCAGUAAUGAAGUCUAAAGAACUCAGUUAACUGGUUUUCAAAAACCAGUGUAAUUUAAUUUAUAUGUCAAUAAAAAUGACAUUGAUUACAAAUGUAGGCUAUGAGAUAAUUUUGUCUAGGGAAACUGUGUGUAAAUGAGUUUAUAUAUCCUAAAUAUUAUUUGUGUACUUUGCAUUUUUAAGUGUUUCAUGUAAAAGUCACAAUUUGGAGUCUAUAUCCAAUCACUUUUAAGACUUUGUUGGACAUAUACUGUGUAACUUAUGCAAGGAUUUAUAUGUAAAGAGAGUUUAUUUUUUAUAAAAAUCAUAAUUAAAAUCUGAAUAUGUGUACAUAAUUAUACUGAUUCUAUGGCAUGCCUUCUAUUUAAAUGGCCCGGAAACCACGGUUUGAGGGCGAAGAUCCAGUGUAUCAUGUUGAUAACUAUGUAUGAAUUUAUUUGAAUGCAAUAACGUAAUAAUUGUUUAGAUUUUUUUAUCACGAUAUUCGAAAGAAAAUAAAAGUUGAA